UGAAUCUGCACUCUGCAGCCCAGCUAAACGGGCCCGAAAUGUUCACCCAGUCGGCCCAUUUAAACCUGGCCUAUAAUUAUGAUAUGUUCGAUCCACGAUGGCACAACGAAAGCCUGACACUAUAAAGUAUUAACAGUGUCUUCUCUUUCGAGCUCACUCUCUACGAUGGCGGCUCUUUCUGUUCAGCCUGUACGAUUCAACACCACGAAACCAUGUUCGGAAGUUGGUUGCAAUCGAAGCUUUUCGAGAACCCUUGAUUUCCCAAGAACGGCUUUCGAUUUGACAUCAAAAUCCAGGCGUUUUGAGCUCAGAAAGUUGGAGGUCUCUGCAAGCGGCGAGAGCAGUAUCGGUGCAUUACCCGUCAGCCAGUCUGCUCCUUCCAGUGCACGGUCCAAGGUGAGACGCCACACAAUUUCCGUGUUUGUCGGGGAUGAAAGCGGAAUGAUAAAUCGGAUUGCUGGAGUCUUUGCUAGACGUGGUUAUAACAUUGAGUCCUUGGCUGUUGGGCUGAACAAGGAUAGAGCUCUCUUUACCAUAGUUGUUUCUGGGACUGAGAGGGUGUUGCAACAAGUUGUAGAGCAGCUUCUUAAGCUUGUAAAUGUGUUGAAGGUAGAAGAUAUAUCUAAGGAGCCACAGGUAGAACGUGAAUUGAUGCUUGUAAAACUUAAUGCUGAUCCGAGUAACCGUGCUGAGAUCAUGUGGCUAGUGGACAUUUUCAGAGCAAAAGUUGUGGAUAUUUCAGAGCACUCAUUAACUAUUGAGGUGACUGGAGAUCCUGGGAAGAUGGUUGCAGUGCAGAGAAACUUGAGCAAAUUUGGAAUUAAAGAACUUGCAAGAACUGGAAAGAUUGCUUUGAGACGGGAAAGGAUGGGUGAGACAGCACCUUUUUGGAGAUUCUCUGCAGCUUCAUAUCCAGAUCUUGAAGGAACACCUGUAAAUGCUCUGAUGGGGGCCACAAAUAGAACACUGAAUAGCAAUUUGGAUCAAUCUUCAGGGGGUGAUGUCUACCCUGUGGAGCCUUAUGAUGGAUUAUCAGUGAAACAGGUUUUGGAUGCUCAUUGGGGUGCCCUCAAUGAUGAAGAUUCAAGUGGGCUUCGAUCCCACACUCUUUCUAUGCUUGUAAGUGACUCUCCUGGAGUCCUCAACUUAGUCACGGGGGUUUUUGCCCGUAGAGGGUAUAAUAUUCAGAGUCUUGCUGUUGGUCCUGCAGAAAAAGAGGGCAUUUCUCGCAUUACAACCGUUGUUCCUGGUACUGAUGAAUCAAUUGGGAAAUUGGUUCAACAACUUUAUAAGCUUAUUAACAUUCAUGAGGUUCAGGAUAUCACCCACUUGCCAUUUGCUGAGCGAGAACUGAUGCUGAUAAAGAUUGCUGUGAACACCACUGCCCGAAGAGAUGUCCUUGACAUUGCCAGCAUAUUCCGUGCGAAGGCUGUUGAUGUGUCUGAUCAUACAAUCACACUUGAGCUUACUGGUGAUUUGGAUAAGAUGGUUGCGUUGCAGAGACUAUUGGAACCCUAUGGUAUUUGUGAGGUGGCGCGAACUGGGCGUGUGGCAUUGGUGCGUGAGUCUGGAGUAGACUCCACUUACCUCCGUGGCUAUUCUCUUCCAUUUUAGUUCUGCAUAUCCUGAUUGAACAAGGGUUUGUAGUUUUCUUUAUUUUCCUUAUUCACUCUUUUACUUUUUCUGAAACUGACCCGAAAAAUUUUGAGAAUUUUAUUUAAUAUGUAUUGAUAUAGAGAUGUAUCAUGUGUCUUUGAGGAUAAACAUGGCUGUUUGUCUUUUAGUUGGAUUUUAUUGUGUUUUGGGGCGCGGAGUGCAGAAGUGACAAGAAAUCCAUGAUUUUGUGUGUG